CAGUGUGUGUCUCAGCCUGCCGGCGCGAGUGUGUGCAUCGGAGCGUCGUUGUGUGUGUGAAUGUGUGUGUGACUCCAGCGCUCUCUGUGCGUACGACAGGUGGAGAUGACAUGACUGCGCUCGAGAGGAAGAAAGGAAAGGACCUACGCGGUCAGCAAGUGUUCCUGCGUCCUGAGGAGAGUUCAGCUGCAGCCCAGACCACAAGACAGUCCACCACGUUGUCCGAACAACUCCAGGAUGCUUUGCUGCGGCUGGCGGCGGUUGUUGACGCGUGCUCGCUUCGAGUGGCCCUCCGAGACACCAUACAGGAGCUGCUACCCAGCACGGAGUGUGUGUGUGUCUACUUGCUGGAGGGAUACUCGAGGCUGUUAUCUGACGACCCGCCACAUGAACUGCCACAGGAGGGAAAGAUCAGGAGUAUCGUGGACCAGCUGAGGCGAUGUCAGUGUGUAGGCCUUCCUCCGUCCGAACUGCCAGAGAAAUACAGAAUCUGCCUCGCAGCACCGUUACCAGCACACAGAAGAGCUGUUGUCAUUCCUCUCUUGGACCAGGAGCGGGAGAAGGCCAUCGCUGUCUUACUGGUGGGCUGUAAUCCACUAUCUGAUCAGGAUGAACUGCAUCUUAACAUGCUGGAGAAACACGCCUCAGUGGCGUGUGCGCGAGUCCAGGCUUUUCAGACGUCCUACCAGAGGCCUCCUCUCAGUCCCUCUCCCAUACAGUCCCACAAUGCACUGCUGCACCUCAACGUCUCAGACCAGGACUACUGCGAACUGGACCGCAACAUUCUGCAACUCUGUGGUGAGCUCUUUGACCUUGAUGCAGCCUCUCUCCAGCUCAAAGUCAUCAAUUAUCUGCAGCAGCAGACUCACUCGCAGUGUUGCUGUUUGCUACUGGUGUCCGAGGACAACCACCAGCUUUUCUGCCAGGUAGUUGGAGACAAAGUCCUGGAGGAGGAGAUCAGCUUUCCGCUGAUGUUUGGACGCUUUGGUCAAGUUGUCGAAAAGAAGAAGUCAAUUACUCUUCAGGACAUCAGCGCUGAGGAGCGUAGGCAGCUGUCCAGCAUGUUGGGCUGUGAGAUUUCCUCCAUGCUUUGUGUGCCAGUGGUCAGCAGGGCCACCGGUCAGGUGGUGGCGCUAGCGUGCGCCUUCAACAAGCAGGGUGGGCAGAGACACACAGAGGCAGAUGAGCAUGUGAUCCAGCACUGUUUCUGCUACACUUCAACGGUCCUCACCUCAACUUUGGCCUUCCAGAAAGAACAGAAACUCAAAGUGGAGUGCCAGGCGCUUUUACAAGUGGCCAAGAAUCUCUUCACCCACUUGGAUGAUGUGUCAGUGCUGUUACAGGAAAUUAUAGUGGAGGCCAGGAACCUCAGUGAUGCAGAGAUUUGUUCAGUGUUCUUGCUGGAUCGUGUCAGUCAUGAGUUGGUGGCAAAGGUGUUUGACGGAGGCGUGGUUAGUGAUGAGGAGAACGAGUUUCGUAUUCCAGCAGAUCAGGGUAUUGCAGGUCACGUGGCGACCACCGGUCAGAUCUUGAACAUAAAAGACGCCUACUCCCAUCCUCUCUUCUAUCGCGGUGUGGACGACAGCACGGGCUUCAAGACUCGCAACAUCCUCUGCUUCCCCAUCAAAGACGAGAACAAUGAGGUGAUCGGGGUGGCUGAGUUGGUGAAUAAAAUGAACGGGCCGUGGUUCAACCGCUUUGACGAGGACCUGGCCACGGCUUUCUCCAUCUACUGCGGUAUCAGCAUCGCCCAUUCUCUGCUCUACAAGAGAGUCCAUGAAGCUCAGUUCAGGUCCCACCUGGCCAACGAGAUGAUGAUGUACCAUAUGAAGGUGUCAGAGGAAGAGGUAUCUAAGAUCCUGGUCACAGGGAUUGAACCCGUGAUUGAGAUCCACUCCUGCUUCGCCGAGUUCACGUACACACCUCGCUCCCUGCCUGACGACAACACGCCGUUGUGCGUCCUCAGCAUGUUUGAAGACAUGGGUUUCAUCAACACAUACAAGAUUGACCUGCACACUCUCGCCAGGUUCUGUCUGAUGGUGAAGAAAGGCUACAGGGACCCUCCCUACCACAACUGGAUGCACGCCUUCUCUGUCUCACACUUCUGCUACCUGCUCUACAAAAACCUAGGGCUGUCCAACUACCUCGAGGAUAUAGAGAUUCUAGCUCUCUUUGUUUCCUGUAUGUGCCAUGACCUGGAUCACCGUGGCACCAACAAUUCUUUCCAAGUCGACUCACAAUCUGUGCUGGCUGCUCUGUACAGCUCAGAGGGAUCUGUGAUGGAGAGACAUCACUUUGCCCAGGCCAUCGCCAUUCUGAACACUCACGGCUGCAACAUCUUUGAGAAGUUCAAUAGGAAGGACUAUACGCGCAUGCUGGAUUUGAUUAGAGACAUCAUUCUGGCAACGGACCUGGCUCACCACCUUCGCAUUUUCAAGGAUCUGCAGAAGAUGGCUGAUGACGGAUUCAAUCCAAAAAGCCGGACCCAUCGCUCCAUGCUGCUGUGCCUGUUGAUGACAUCGUGUGACCUGUCGGACCAAACCAAGGGCUGGAAAACCACACGCAAGAUAGCUGAGCUGAUUUAUAAAGAGUUCUUCUCUCAAGGAGAUCUGGAAAAAGCCAUGGGGAACAGACCCAGUGAGAUGAUGGACAGAGAGAAAGCGUACAUCCCCGAACUACAGAUAAGCUUCAUGGAACAUAUCGCCAUGCCCAUUUACAAGCUCUUAUCUGAGCUGUUUCCUGAGGCCACUGAGCUGUACGAGAGAGUGGCGGCAAAUCGAGAGCAGUGGACCAAAGUGUCCCACAAGUUCACCAUCCGUGGGUUGCCUAGCAACAACAGCCUAGACUUCCUGGACCAGGAGUAUGAGCUGCUGCAGUCCCAGGGUGCUUUCGGGAGCGACGACCACUGCCUCAAUGGUUGCCUUGACGAUGCAGAAGGAGGGAGGGGUCAGUGACAUCAGCGGGCUGCUGGCGGUUUCUUGGAAGUUUUCCGUGGUCCAAUAAGAGGCUGAUGAUACCUUUUUAGCGACCUGAGAGGGAGGGAUCUCUCUGCUGUCAAUCACUUAGAUGCUUAGCAGGCCAUGCAGAAUGGACGGGACAAAGUUUCAAACUAACUGAAUCUGACAAGUGAUUUGAAACAAGUGGAUCCAUCUGAGCCGGUUCAGUGAUUAGAUGCCACAUGUUGCUUGUGUCUCCGGUUCAGGAAAGCAGAAGGUAGUGACUUUUAUCUUUUUCAGCAGAUAUACUGGAAAAAUAGGUUUUUAACCACAAGUUACAAGUUCAUUCAUACAGUACUGAUCCUGAUUACGAUUGUAAAAACACACACACACACAGACACACAAAUGUACAUGCACAUACUGUUUAGACACACACAACAGAGAGAGAAAAAAACAAUCCUUAUGGAAAAAGACUUCUUCAACUUCAUGUAACAGUGAGAUAAAGUGCUAUUUACUUUCUGUAAAAUGUUCCAUAAAGGCUUAUAUUGAUUUUAAUGGCUCAGCUUUGUUCACACAUAAGCAGCUGCCAUAGUCCCUCAUCUGAUGCUUAUGAAUGCAUGCUAUAUGGACACCUCAUGUAUUAUUCCUUUUAUCUCCGUCAGUGUUAGUUUCUCCACGGCUAACAAAUCGAUGCAGUCCAUUUUUAUACCAUCAUGACAGAUUUUUGUAUUUGGCUCCUCAAAAAUAUAUUUGAUUAAUUAAUCUUGUACAAGGGAGAUUUUGUUAAUUUACGUACACAGCCUUAUAACCCUUGUGUGUAUUUAUUCACUUGUUUUUGGGGAGGUUUAAGGGACAAAUUGACAAUCAUUGAUCAAUUAGUCACAGAUUCCUGGCCAUAAUACCCCACUCCAUGCAUAAAACAUUAAAAACACACACCCGGUGCAUAUAAGCUGCAUGUCACUGGAUCUACACCUCGAACAAAGGUUGCUCAUAACCUAAAACGCAUCCCACGUUAUUUUUCUCUACCAUCCUUCCCACUCCCUUGCACCUUACUAACUUCCUUUUACUUUUUAGUUUACUGACUCAUAAACCACUUUAGAUAGAGAGCAACCGAAGCCCUUUAAAAGAUCCAUCUCAUCUGUUAGUGUAAAUGUGCCAGAGUAGAGCGUGUUAUAUGGAGUGUGUCAUUGAGUGUGUCAUAUGGAUCUGCCUUAUUGCGCAUCUUUGCUGCCUUUCUUAGAGCUUUUAAUAUAUGAAAAUUGAAAUAAAGAGUCUGUUUAGUACGUAUGUUGUAUAUUUGUUAUAGACAUAGUUUGGGUAUCAAUGUGUUGAAUGAAUGAUCACAAUGCUCAAAAGAUGUAUAUUUGUGAAAUACCUGUGUGAAGACCUCAGAUGUCAUGUUCACUUCUUUAUAUUUUAAGUUAUAUAUACAACCACCAGUGGACAUUAGGCAGACACAACAGCGUUAUUUUCAGUUCUCAAUGCAUCGAAAGUAGUUUUAAGGAAGGAACUAGAGAUGUAGCCAUCAUAGAAACAACUCAGUCCUGAUAACAUCGACAGUUCACUAUUGCUGCACCCCAAAGGAAAUAGCAAAUUAAAGUUAAGUUCUCAGAUUGU